AACGACUUGCUGAUGAAAGAAAAGGGGCGCAAGAGAGAUAGAGAGAGAUAGAUAUAAAUAAGAAAAACCAUCGUGAGAUCAGCGUAGCCAAGGUAUACAAGGGCUUUGUUGUCGUAUAUAGCGGUUACCGAAUGCUUCUAUUGCCAACGAAAAUCUAGGAUUUUCCUUCCGCGUCAUCUCAACGUCACGCUCAGACUCGAUAUAAAGAUUUAGCACAAUGGCUAAUGCACACAGUCCCACGCGUUUCAAUGGUGAUCCUGACAACUGGUUUGAUCCCAAUUACAGUCUCGACAUUAACAAAAAAAUGAGGGUGCCAAAGAGCAUCAGAGUCAAUGGAGGUUACAAUGAAGAUGAGCUUAAUGGGACAAAUGGUUCUUCUUGGAGUCUUGUCAAUCCAAAGGUUGAAAUGAAUGUUCCAGAUCGAAUCCUUGUUGUUGGUCAAGAACAACAUGUUGGUGCAAAAGCUCCUCCAAGAGAAAUCGCUAUAGAAAAUGAGGUCAUGCAUUCUGAACCUCCAAUUGUACGAUGCAUUACGCCGCCAAGAGUGCUAACUCUGGAUACUCACUAUUACCCUGCAGCUGAUGAUCUUAAUGUAACAAGCCCCCAAGAGUUAGAAGAAAUUGGUGUUAAAAUACGUAAUAAUUUGAACGAAUCUCAAGUUAUUCCUAGACAUGUCAGAGAAAACACUCCAGCGUACGGUGUUAUGGAUGUCUCUUUGCCACCUGGUGAAGAAUUUCAACAUUUGAAACGACAAAUGAACAAGCUCAAUCGACGAAUUAUGGCCCUUGAGUCAGAAGUCUCGCAACAAGGAUCAAAACUGAAAGUUAUGUACAUCACAGCUUCUCUGUAUUUUUUGGCGAGGAUGAUAUCUUGGUUUGGCAAGAAUUAAUUUGAAAGAUUUUUCCUUGUGACUUGACGGAUGAUUUUUCAUCAUUGAUGGUAUGUGAAUGAAUUGUGCCCUACUUUGCCCUUGAAACAAGCUCUCCAAGUACGACUACCAUAUACAAUCAAAAAAGUUACUAAGGAAUGUGAAUUGAAAAAUCGAGUAUGACACAAGCUUUCUCUUCUCAUCCUUGGAUCUUUUUUAUCUAUACUGAAUUUGUUGAUUUACAGAUGAAUUUAUACUCGACUGACGUAUCAUCGAGAGAAUAAUUUAUCUUAUAGUAAAUUAAGCGAAAGUAAUUUUUAAAAUGCAAAUUUUUUGAAAGUUUUGAAUUCUAUGAAACAGAGCAGAAUUUUAUAUAUAUAUAAAAAUUUAGAAAUGAAGCUUUAACGAUUUCAUUUUCCAUCGACGUCUAAAAUACCCUAUUUUUUUCCACUUAUAGUAGGAAUCAGAUGUAGUUACAUAUAACUACAAUGGUUAUUAAGAUUAGGUAGCAGCCAAAGUAUUGGAAUUUUUUUGUAAUGCCACUAUAAAGAACCUGGUCGACCAUAAAAGUGACCGUACUUGAUUUCAUUUUCGUUCUUUUCUGCUACCAUUACUUCAACAACUUGUUACUAGUUGUAUUUAAAAUAAUUGGUGUAAAAUUUUUAGUCUACAAAUCGAUUAGAUUUCAUUACACCUUGUACAGAAAUAUGUAUAGCAUUAACAAAAAGAAAAGAAGUUAAAAUACUAUAUCAAUCUUUGAUUAUUAUAAAAGAAAUUAUUGUACUCGUGUAUAGGCAAGACUGUAAGUUCUCGUAGCCUCGUCACAAACAUGCGAUGUUGUACAUUUACACAUAAUGACGCUAGUGAUUUAUUGUAAUGAUA